UGACCUGUUGGUGCAAUGACCUCGCGGUUGUAAGACCACGGACUUGUAUACAGAUCAGACCGUUCCACUGUUUUUUUUCGAUUUGGUCGCGGGUAUGUUUCACAGCACAGUUGUAUAUGUCUGAGAUAGGUAUUCCAUACGCCUGCACAUACAGGUACAAAGUAAAAUCAACAAUAAUCUUUAUGUCUUCUCGAGAUGGACCUUCGUUCGCUACCCUAGCAGAUCGGAAAAGUGAGUUUUCUGCCCAGUCGAGAGGCUGAGCUGUCCUUCGACUGCACCUUCCUUUGUCCAGCGCUGACUACCCUGGCUGAUAAUUACUUCCGAAGAUUUUCUGUCAUUUUCCCGGAUAAGCUAGCACUGUCCUUUGUUUCCGGCGAUUGGACCAUAAAAUCGACCUCCCCCACCUCCCGUGGCCCCCAACCAGGCUGACAGGUAAGAUGUCAAAUGUCAACUGGCCCUUUCCUCAACUGGCCAAGCUUCACACUUGCACCUCGAUCUUGGACCUCAGUUUACACCGCUCUGGUCACCCUCUCUGGGUGUUACAGUGCAGAAGUAACUUUGACCAGUCCCAACUGUUGGUGGUCCUAGUUAAUUUAGUUUCACCAGGUAGACACUUUUUUUUAAAUUACAGGAGCACACAAACUUUAUUUCGUAUCGGAGAUUACUCUAGCCCAGAGCGAAAUAUGACUGGACGUAACGCUCUGUAGUUUUUUUUUUUUUCUUUCGGGGGAAGGGGCUUUUGACUUAAUUUUGUGUGUGAGAGAGAGUGUGUGUACCGAAGUUUUGGAGAAGGGGAGGGGGUAAUUCAGCCGAAGAGCUCUUUUGGUGCGCGUCUAAGUACAUUGAGUGGUGCAAGAGGAAACUAGAGCGAAGGCGAGGUAAGUCACGUAGGCCUGUGGCGCCCUCAGCUGGACACGGUCUGCUGAUUGUUGUAAAAUAUGGAGGGAGGCGCCUGGUGGUUAAAAAACACUCAUUUGUCACCGCUGCAGCGAGAGGCCGGUAAUCUCGUCCCCUUCACUGUAUAAUAAUAAAUAUAAUGAUGUAAUCCCUGUCGUGAUGGCACGAACGACUAAGCCAUCCGCAUUCCUCGUGCAUUCCACACUUCCAUUGGAUGAUUUGGAUCACAAUCCUAAUUCUGCCAUGUAACGUGUAUUAAGAAACCACAUUUUUUUAAAAAGAUAGGAACAGCGGAUUAAUGUCUGCAUGCGUUGAAACGUUUUAUUUAUUUCUUCACAAGGUCACGACAAGCAGCAGGGGUCUGCACGCAGCAAGUAGCUUUUCCACGCCAUUACACACCCCUCUAGCGAAACUGGUACAAAACUCCGACCUCCCCUCCACCAAAAAAUCAUUCUUCAGAAUUGUGCAUUCAUCGGCUAAGCAAGGUCACCAAACGUCUACGUGUUGCACGCGCGCCAACUCUCGGAUGUGCUAUCGCGGACCCAAUCGUGACGUCACACGAGGGCGUGGCUUGUGGUCCGCCCGUGCUGUCAAUCACAGCUAGAUGUAACGACUGAUGUUUGUGUUGUUGACAGGCCUCGGCUUCAGUACAAAAAAAAAAAAAGCCUGUAGUCCAAGGAUGGCGAGGAGCGGUGGAAUCUGAGUGGACACGUGGAAGUUCACAGACUUGACCUGCUGUCUGAACACUGCCAAACACCUGGCGCUCCUCCUUGUGUAUCACCUGAGGGAACGACAGGUACAUGGUUCAAGAAACAGCGUGGACGUUUGUGACACGAGACAGUUGAACACAGAUCGCUUUGGGCGACCUUAAAGAAACAAAACAAAGGCAGUUAGGACCAAGGUUAUUUCCAGAAAGUGAUCGGCCCUGGCAGGAAAAGAUGGGGUCAUUCUGGGGUCACAUUGAUGAAGGUCUCUUCUUCAUCGUGAUCGCAGUCUGGUGGAUUGUCCACGCCUGUCGGCAGUACAUAACGAGCGAGAGUAAGGGGGAGGAGAUGAAGCCUCGGAUCAGCUACUGCAUCCGGUGCUGCAGGCGCGACAUUCCGGUGGAAAGCAUCUUGAAAACCUUGUUUCCAAUAAUAGGCUUUCUGGGGGAGGUGUUCGACGGCGACCUUCGAUUUAUCGACGAGCAUGGAAAUUUCCAGAAGCUGGUGUACGCGCAGCACAUGACCAUAUAUGGCAUCUUCAUCCUUCACGGCAUCAUCGACCUCCUGACCUGGUCUGGCCUUCCCAUGAUGCCUAGCGCCACCUACAUGUCCGCAGGACUAGCCUUCCUGUGGUACGGGGUGGCGUUCUACUACCACGCGUCGAUGCACGGCAAGGAGCCCCUGGAAACAGUCGUGCACGUGAUACCCAUCGUCGCCAUGUUUGGUGCAGCCGCCAUGAUCUUCUUGGAGAUGAACUGGCGCAGUGGUCACUGGACCAUGCUGGCCCGCUCUUACUUCGUGCUGACCCUCGGCACGUGGUUCUCGCACGUGGCCUUCAUGCUGUACGAGCACGACAAGUUUCCAGGCGGGGGUUCCUCCGGGUGGGACCGCUCAGACAUACGCAACGUGCAGUACGCCAGGGCCUCCUUCGGCCUUCACCUUCUGCUCAACAUGACCUUCAUCUUGCUGUGUUACCUUGUGACGUACGUCAUUCUGCGUCUUCGCUACAACAUGAGGUUAAAGGUCACCUACUACCACCACGACGCUGAGGUCGUCAACCCCUACGCAGGCAAGCUGCAGCUGGCGUCUGCUCAUGACGACGAUGGCGCGGAACAGUUUCUGCUGGAGGACAGCCCCUAGACAGCCCCUAGACAGCCCCUGGACAGCCAAGCUCCCUCCUCCGAGGUCCAGCAUCUUCUCGCAGGUCGCUGCUGGACAUGUGGUUGACUGUCAGCCACACGCUAAAUUCGAGCCCAGUGUGUGUGUAUGUGUGUAUGUGUGUGUGUUUUGCGCCUAGCAACAGGUAGCAUCGCUGUAUUAACGAUGUAGUAUUUAUAUGUAAGACAAAAACCGAAUAGCAGACUAAGGCGAUUAGUCAGUUACAAAUAAACAUCUGCCGCCUGCUGUGAUUGCUAUACCUUAUACCCGCUUCUGACUGUCGGAUAGGUUUGACGUCACUUCCGCUAUUUAGUGACAUUCUGUGUGAGCGUGCACGACAACAGGACAGCUACCCGUAUUUGCCACACCUGUGUGAUAUUUAACUUAAAUAUUUAUAUUUUUCUAUAUAUAUUUAUAGAGGAUUAUAUGCUUAUGAAGCCUUGUAACAUGGAUGCCCUCUGCUCGCCUGGUCAGAUAUUUGGAGCCGCCGUUAGUGUGAGAAAAGAGUUUGAAUAAAGA